AUGUCAACCACAACAGCUAAACAUACCAUACAAGAGCUGAGAUUAAUAUUUGCUCGUUUUGGCCUGCCAGAGAUUAUUGUCACAGACAAUGGACCACAGUUUGUCUCAAAGGAGUUAGAAGAAUUCACUAGUCAAAAUGGUAUCAGACAUAGCAAAGUAGCACCCUACCAUCCCAGAUCAAAUGGACUUGCAGAAAGAUUCGUGCAGACAUUCAAAAUGGCAAUGAAGAAGAUGUCAAAAGAAGGAGGUGAUAUUAACCAAAAGCUAACAAACUUUUUAUUAAAUUAUCGGAAAACACCACAAUCAACAGUCAAGGAAGCACCAGCUAUGUUAUUGAUGAAGAGGAUACCAAGGAGUAGAUUAGACUUACUGGUUCCAAAUUUAAAUAAGAAGAUCACUGAAAGACAAGAGAAGCAAAAGAAAUAUUUCGACAAAAAAGGCCAGGGAAAAGAGUUUUCAGGAACAAGAAGAAGUUUGGGUGAGAGACUAUCGAGGGACUACCAAGUGGGUACCUGGAAAAAACUCUACAACAAAGCUGAAGAAUCUGGUUUUCAAGAAGUUGGAGAGCUCAUCGACAGUCUGAAAUGUUUUGUCGAAGCUGCUGGAAAUGGGUCUCGUGAAGCCACCAGACACCUCACCACAUUUUUUGACUCAAAUGUAAAGACACUGACAAAUAUUGUAGAACAACUUCCAAGUGAUCUUGUAGCAAUGGCUCACGCACUAAUGGUGGGUACCGAAGCAGAGAAGCAAAUCUACACAGUUGCCAAGGAGAUGUUUGAGACUAUGGCCAAAGAAAGGAAAGUCAUUCCAAAAGAUCAGCUGGAAGAGGCAGCUCAACGCUUUUAA